GGAUAGGGGUUGACAUGCCCUGGUAAGCUCGGUGCUGCCUGCCCCCCGCUGAGUCUGCCCCCCCUCCCUGCCGUUGCCCCUCGCGGCCGGAGCCCAGCCGGCGGCACGGGCCCCGGCGCAGCAGCUGCAGGAGGCGGCUCAGCAGUUACUGGCCCGGCAGAAGGAGCUCAAGCAGGCAUUUCUGCGCACUCUUGGGCUCGACCAGUCCCUGCACGCCCUCGGGGGCGACGCCAACGAGCCGAGCCAGGCUCAACGUCAGGGGGAGGCCCUGUCGCUUGCCGCGGCCACGCACUGGACAGACCUCUUCGCGCUGCGGGACGACUUCGGGUCGACCUUGCUUUUGCUCGCCAGCAGGCGAGGCAUGGACCAGUUGUGUCACAGCCUCCUUUACGGGUCGCCCGGCCCCACCGACGAGGACAUCGCGAAGUUCGCGAACGAACGCAACGACAUGGGAUGGACGCCCCUGCUUCUGGCGGCACAGAACGGGUACCACACCAUCUGCAAGGGCCUCCUCCUGGCUGCGGCGGAUCCCAACACGGCGACGCACGGCACUCGGCUGACGCCGCUGAUGCUCGCUGCGUCGAACGGCCACAGGGAAACUGUCAGCCUAUUGCUGGAUCCUGAGCGCUCCCGCCCCUAUGCGCAACGAGCAGAUCCGUGGACGGCCUCCAGCGAUGGCCGCAGCGCGCUGGACUUUGUGCGGGCCAGGGUGGAGGCGCAGAGGAGGCUCGCGGAUGAUCAGGCCAACCGCUUCGAUGGGCUGGACGUCUACGGCGUCAGGACGCCGCAGAUGGCCGACAAAGUGGAGCAGUACAACGACGUGGAGAGGGCGGUCUUGCGCGCUCUGGGUAGAGACCCCACGCCGGCUGCAGCCCCCCAGCUGCUGCCCCCUGACUCUGGGCCCCUGCUUCGAGCUGCGGCACCGUCGCCAGCACCGAAUGCCGCGGCGGCUAUGGCGGUGAGGGGCGCUGCCGCCGUGGCACAGAGCUUCCGAGAGUUGGAUCGGAGCGGCGAUGCGGUGGUCACGCGUCUGGAGUUCGUGAGCUCAGGCAUGGGCUCUGCGGACGAGUUCGACAAGAUAGACUGCAACCAUGACGGAACGAUUACCGCGAUGGAGUUUCACAGGUACCAGCAGGCCAAAGCGUGGGAUGAUGUAGACCGCAACAAGGACGGCCUCAUCUCCAGGCAGGAGUUCUUGAAGUAUGGCCUUGGCAGAAUCGAUGAUUUCGACGCUCUGGACCUCAACAGAGAUGGAGUCAUUUCCAAAAAAGAGUGGGACAAGGCGCGGCUGCUGGACAUAUGGUACGCGGCGGACGCCGACCGCGAUGGGAAAAUCACGCUCUCGGAGUUCGUGAGGUUUGGCCUGGGCACGGCCCGCGAGUUCCACUGGGCCGACGCCGACCACGACGGCUUCGUCACCAGGGCAGAGCUGGACGCCGCGAGGCAGAAGCUCGCGCAGGCCCCCGCCGUGCAGCCUCCCACCGCCGCCGCCCCGGCGCCCCCGCGGGCGCCGGCGGCGAGCGGUGCCAGCGCCCCGGCUGCCGCCGCCCUCGCCGCCCCGGUGGCCUCCGCAGCCUCGGCGGCCCCUGGGGCGGCGGCCGCCGCCGCCGCCGCCGCCACGGGCGCGGCGCCGCCGCGCCUCGCCCACAGAGCCAGGCAGUGCCCGCGCCGGCGCCCGCCGCCGCCGCGCCGGCCGCCGCGGCCCCGGCCGCGGCGGCCGCGGACGACGAGCUGGCCUUCGAGCCCAUGGACUACGACAGCGACUGACCAGGCCAGGGGACCGGGGAGCCUCCAAUGGGAUCCCGGCUUUGCCAUUUCGACCCCGCCGGGCGGCUUUCCGCUCGGUCUCGGGCUCCGGGGAGCCUCGCGGAUGGAUCGGUCUCGAAGGAUGCCGCAGGAAGGUGGGGUCUAG